AUGGUCGCACACGGCAAAUACACUACCGAGAAGGUGACUUAUCGGUCCCAUGGUGAAGAUAUCGCCGGUGUGCUCUACCGCCCCACAAACAUUUCCAACCCUCCCGGAAUCGUCAUUAUCGGGCCCUACUCCUUCAUCAAGGAGCAAGCGCCACUACAGUAUGCGACUCGGCUGGCUGAUGAGGGCUACGCAGCUCUGAUCUUUGACCCUCGCACUGUCGGUGAGAGUUCCGGAAUGCCGCGCCGACUUGAGAACCCCAAGAUGAAGAACGAGGAUGCCGUUGCAGGACUCGACUAUCUCGCGGGGCGAGGCGAUGUGGAUAAAUCAAAGCUCUUCCUCGUCGGUAUAUGCCAAGGCGGACCUGAGUGCCUGGACAUUGCAUCUUAUGAUGAUCGAGUCAAGGGAGUGGCCUCGGUCACUGGCUACUUUCGUGACCACGAAACCGACAUCUACAUGAUCUGCGCUGGCUGUGUCGAUUGGCAGCCAGGAGCUGAUAUUGCAACCAUGAAGAUGCCUACACCGGAGCAAGGCGAAGCUCUUCUCAAAGCCCGCCUUGAACGAGCGAAGAAAGCCCGAGACCUUUACGAGAAGACUGGGGAGGUUACAUACCAGCCGUUGGUUGAUGCUAAGGUCGCUGACCCUGACACGGGAUCUACCGCUGGCCUGCCAGGUCCUGUUGUCUGGUCUUGGUAUGGACCAUGGACACUUAAGGGUUUCGAGAACCGGUACGCCGUGAUGAGUGAUUUGGACCACUUUUCCUAUAGUACUGUCGAGGGAGUUGCAAAGUUGAACAAGCCCGCCCUUGUCAUUCAUGGUGAUAACUGUAUGAAUGGUGCCGCAGCAAAGCGACAUUUCGACUCCAUCCCGAUCAAGAACAAGAAGCUUAUUUGGGAUAAUGGAGUCUCCCACUUCCAGCACUAUGAUCAACCGGAGUGCGUUGACCGUAAUGUGGGUGAGAUUGCGAGCUGGUUUGAGAAGAUUUGA